GAAAAUGAAAGUCAAAUUUUAUGCAAAAGUUAUUCAUAAGAACCUUUCCCGUUUCAGGUUUCAGAGUCGUCGUUCGUUCUUCGGGUUUGAUAAAACAUUUCAGUUUUCCGCCUUUCCCAAACCCUGCGAGCAGUUGACCGUAGCGUUCGCUUAAGAAGAAACCAGCUACUCGCAGGGUACCUUUUUUCCAGCAUACCAACCCCACUACACCCAUCCCCUUCCAACCGUCCCAGGAGACUGGGAAAAAAGGUACUCCAUUUACGGGAGAAUAUACGCCUUUGAGGAUAGGCAAACAGCAUGUUAGAAAGCGUUAUCAUUAAGGCAUUUCUCCAAAAAAAAUUAUUUCCACAAAUUUCCUGGAGAAGGCCGCCACCACUGCGCCGUCACCGUCACUCGGCGUAUUUUAUUCAGCGGUCUCUCACCCAAAAGUACGAGAACAAAGAUGGCGGUGGAUUUGAGUGUUGCACGCCGACAACUUGAAGAGGCUCUAGGGAACUACUCUCAAGCGUAUUGGAACAACAUGAAACUGUGGUACAAACAGAAGAUUUCUAAGGAGGAGUUUGAUGCACAGGCAAAGAAAUGCCUUGGAAAUGAUAACCUCCACUUUCACAAUGACUUCCUGCUGGCAAUUUUGGCUAAAUGUCAAGCUCUUGGAUCUACUCCAGCAUCUCAUCCCAGAACACCACAAAAGAUGCCUCCUAAACCACAGCUGAUCAAAAAGGGAAAAAUCAAGAAACAAAAGAAAGUGCUGAAGGCAAAUUUUGAGCAAAGAUUUACACCAUGUGACCCCCUGACAGAGGCUCCACAGCUGUCUCUCAAGGAACUCUCAGAAGACAGUGAAUUUGGUCUCUGCUCAUAUGACAUGAUGUUACCAGAUUCUGCUACAAUAUAUGGCCGGUUGUUUCUUGGCGCAUGGGAUGCUGGACUGGAUAAUGUGGCAGAUGACACAGUCAACCUCAUGCUUCAUGCAACAGAGUAUUUAGUCAAAGACAUUUUAACCGUUUGUUGUUCAAUGAGAAGUGCAUUCAGGCUCAAAGAUGGUCAUUUUCGCUAUGCUAUGGGUGGCACUUACCCCAGAAUGCACCUAAGAAACAGUACAAGUCCCUGGCCACCUGGGUCAGAAAGAUCUUUAGGUUGUGUAAAUGGCAUAAGCAGUAGCAGUAAUAGUGGUAGAACGUUAGAGCAAGCUGAAGCCGAGGCGGCGGUCACAGUGGCUUCCAGUGACAGUAGAGGUGCUAAUAAACCUCCAAUAUCACUUAUGGACCUCAGAGAUGCACUACAGGUUCAUCGCAGAGUGAUUCCUUCGCACACCGUUUACUCGGCAAACAUCGAGAGAACGCUAGCGAACAUGAGCCACCCAAGUCACGACGAACUAGAACAGAACCAGUUACACAAAUUGGAGGCGAGACGGAGAUAUGAGAGACUUAAACAGCAGAGGAGCUUGCGUUUGUAAAUAAUUAUCCUAAAGGUGUCUCUUCUUCAGUAGUCAGCCGUUUACACGGUGUUCAAAUUUGCUGAAUUUUCUCCUUCAUCCAAUCCACUGAAUUCAAGAAAACGAAGCAGAAAUUACUACGUCAUAACCCAACAACGCAACUGAGCAAGAAAUCAACUCGUUUAGCGCAUAGUAAGGCGAUUACCAUUCACUCGAUUAGUCCCUUGGCCCAACCCUAAGUCGUUGUUAGUCCCCAGAUAAUACUUCUCUCUAAACUCAGUAAAAUAAUCUUCUUUCACUCGUGACCCCGCACUCGUGACAUAAUAGUUGUCACAACAUGGCGUAAACUAAAAGGAAUGAACUUGGCAGGCAACCAGCUAAAUCAGUUGAUGUGAAAGUACUGGAGGAAGGUGUUUUGGUAUGUUCUCUGAAAUAACAGGUAAACUCCAUUUCUUGACUUGUAUGAUCUUCCUCACUGAUCACUCUGACGUAUUUCAUGUCGUGCCUGACAUGCGUCACCAUGUUGCGUUGCUAUAAUGGGCUUUCAAAGACAGUCCACCUGACCAUAUCAAAAUCUUCCUAAUUCACGCGUGAAAGAAGAAUCAUUUAUUGUGUCUAAAGACAAGUUCAAUCGAACGGAUAUCACGGGUUGACACUGCUUUGGAUGACUGAAGCUUGACAUAGAGUAAGAGAUAUUUGUUAUAAAUGUUAUUUUUAAAAGCUGACCUCGCGUUUUCUGUCAAAAUGAUAAGAUGAGCUUCUUUCAUAUCAAUGCGUGAUCUUCACACCAUAAAUUGAUAUCAUAGUUUAUAUUUCUAAGCGAGACAAGACGAUAAAUUUGAUUAACGCUCAUGUUAUCACGGCCGACAUGUACACAAUAAAACAGAAAAAUAAAGGCACAACUGUUUGAA